AAUCAUGAACAACGUUUAUUAAAACAGUUAAAUAAUGAAUGUGUACGCACCAGUCAAGAAUAUCCAUCACAUCAAGAAGAAUUUCAACAACGUUCACAACAAUUAUCAAAUAAUUAG